AUGGAGGAAUGUGAAUUUAAAGAGCAUUUUCGAGUAAAUCGUAACACAUUUAAUUUCCUAGUUAAUGAAUUGCAUCCACAUUUAGGCAAAACUACCACAACUAUGCGAGAGCCUAUUUCAGUAGUAAAACGUGUUGCAGUUACAUUACAUAAUCUAGCUUCAUGUGAAGAGUAUCGUGUUGUCUCUAGCCUUUUUGGCAUAGGAAAGUCAACAGCAAAUUUAAUUGUUCAUGAAUUUAUUAAUGCUGUUAAUGACAUUUUGCUCCCUAAAUAUAUUAAAUUUCCAUUGUCAGUGGAAAAUUUAAAUAAACAUAGCAGAGAUUGCGAAGCUAUUCUUGCUUUUCUACAAUGCGUUGGAGCUGUUGAUGGAAGCCACAUCCCUAUUUUAGCCCCUAAAGAUCAAGCAAUUUCUUAUUAUAAUUAUAAAGGGUGGUAUGCCAUUGUACUUUUUUCCGUUGUAGACUGUCAAUAUCGUUUCAUUUAUACAAGUGUUGGAUCGCCUGGUAGAAAUAAUGACAGCUAUAUUUUGCAGAAUUCUUCUUUAGAAAGCAAUUUUAGACUCAAGUUUAUUUGA